CAGGCAGUUGUAACCUGCGACUGGAUGUCCCAGGGCGAUCAGCACCCACCUCGCGCUCACCUUCUCCGGGCGCAUGUCCCUUUAAGGGCGGCGGGGCUGCGCGCGGGCCUCGCUCUGGGCCGGAGCCUGCGCGUCCGUGUCCGCAGCGGAGGCAGCGUCUGCCGCGGGCCGCGGGCCCCGGGCGGGCGAGGAGCAGGGCGAUGCAUAGGCUGCGCGGCUGCUGCGCGCGUCCCCGCGGUGCCCCGCUACGGGCGGAGCGGAGCCGGACGAGCAGCCGCGCCCUGCGGGUGCUGGUGGACAUGGAUGGCGUGCUGGCGGACUUUGAGGGCGGCUUCCUCCGGAAGUUCCGCGCGCGCUUCCCCGACCUGCCCUUCGUGGCGCUGGAGGACCGGCGCGGCUUCUGGGUGUCGGAGCAGUACGGACGUCUGCAGCCUGGGCUGAGCGAGAAGGCCAUCAGCAUCUGGGAGUCGAAAGAUUUCUUCUUUGAACUUGAGCCUCUUCCCGGAGCCGUGGAAGCUGUGAAGCAGAUGGCCAAUCUGCAGAACACUGAUGUCUUCAUCUGUACAAGCCCCAUCAAGAUGUUCAAGUACUGUCCCUAUGAGAAGUAUGCCUGGGUGGAGAAACACUUUGGCCCUGACUUUCUGGAGCAGAUUGUGUUGACCAGAGACAAGACUGUGGUCUCUGCCGACCUUCUCAUAGAUGACCGGCCGGACAUCACAGGGGCUGAGCCACACCCCAGCUGGGAGCACAUUCUCUUUACCUCCUGCCACAACUACCACCUGCAGCUGCAGCCCCCUCGUCGCAGGCUGCACUCUUGGGCAGACAACUGGAAGGCCAUCUUGGACAGCAAGCGGUUACGCUGAGGCCUGUACUAUGGCUCUCUGGUGGUCCAGCGUGAGGCUCACAGCUCACGACUGGACCGCAAACAGCCCGCCGAGGGCUGUGCUGCAGUUCCUGGAACUUCCUGGAAGACCUCAGUGAACACUUUGGUCAGAACAACUGACACACUUCCCGUCUUCCCCUAGCCCAGCAAGGCCUUAACCUGAUAUUGGGACCCGGCUAGAAGAAAGGCAUGUGUUCCCAGACAAGUUGGUCUGACCUCAGGCAGAGGCCCCACACCACUGCCUCUCACUGCGUGCAAUAGGGGUGUUCUCUGAGACAUGAGAGUACCCUGGUCUAGGAUCUGCAAGGCGAGGAGUGCCAGGGCCAGAUGACAGAGGUUCCCCUGGCAGGCAUGUGCCCCUCUACCUCUACCAUAGAAUCUUGUCCAACUUACCUACUUAGUCUUUCUGGCUUUCUGUGGUCACCAGGCUCUUUUGGAGGCCAACAGUGACCCUCCCUAUGGCCAGUGCUGCGGUCUCUUGAUCUGGUAUCCCUAGAUCCCAUUAGCGGCACAGAAAGGAGCCAGCAGGCUCAAAUAUUUGUUGAUGACAUGAGAAAUAAAAUGCUACUCACACAUAGCCUGUGCUGUGGCCUUUUCUAGAACCUGCCCCAGGGUCCUCUAGUGUGCCAUCUGCUUGUGAUGUAAGCAUAUGGGAGUCCCACACACUGAUGAACAGGACAGAGGUGGGCAUAGCUCCCCCAUGUGUAUUUCGCAUGGUACCAUAUGGGGAUAAAUUCAAGAUGGCCUGGAUGGUGGCAUUGCUGGCAGCCUGAUGGUUUCUUUUGGUCCCAUUCAUCUGAGGGAGGCACUGCUUCCCACUAGCAACUUCCCUCACACUUUAUCCAUUUUCUUCUCACCCUGCAGGUAGGCACAGGACCCUGUCCCCACUCUUCUCCGGAGGCCAAGUUUCUAUAAGACCUAGAAACUGCUGUUACAGCUGCAGGCUUUGUUCCCUAAACACAGUGAGAGUUAUGCGCUGGAUCCUUCUGGAGGUGCCCCAGGAGUCUGAAAGCUGUCCCUGAAACACGGGCCUCAAUGGCUGCAUUCAUUGCUGGGAUUCUGUACCCAAGGAGCACAAGGAUUAGUGCUGCCUCAUCAGCGUGGUCGAGGAGGAACUGCCAGUGAGAUUUCCUGAGUGUGGCUCAUCAGACAAGCAGCCAUCCAGCAACCAUGGCUAAGGACAGGCAGGGGAAGUAGAAGCACCCACUCUCUUUCUCUGCCCAAUGUUGUGCCUUCUUUUAAAAACUACUCUACAGGAUAAAAACACAUGGAAACCACA